AUGUCAGGUAGAGGAAAAGGAGGUAAAGGUCUAGGAAAAGGAGGCGCCAAGCGUCACAGGAAGGUGUUGCGUGAUAACAUCCAAGGUAUCACCAAGCCAGCCAUCCGUCGUUUAGCAAGAAGAGGUGGAGUAAAACGUAUAUCUGGACUCAUCUAUGAGGAAACCCGUGGUGUCCUUAAAGUUUUCUUGGAAAAUGUCAUCCGUGAUGCUGUCACAUACACAGAGCACGCCAAGAGGAAGACUGUCACUGCCAUGGAUGUUGUCUACGCUUUGAAACGUCAAGGACGUACCUUGUACGGAUUCGGAGGUUAA